UCAAUAAACAAUACUUCAUUCAUUCAAAAUUCUAACCUCAGCUAUAUAAUUCCUGAUAAUAAAAAAAUGACCUUCGCUUCUAGGUGUAGGUAUAAAUUAUAAUUACAUAUUUAUUACUGUAUUUUCCGAUAUCUCAGUAGACAGUAGUAUUCAUCGAAAAUGUUGAAAAAAACUGAAGAAUGGUCCAUUGAAGCAAUAUGGGGUAAAAUCGCCUGUGUAUCGUGGGGCGAUCCUGGAAAUUUCCCUGUGUUGAUGGUCCAUGGUCAUAUGGACACUGCCGCAACCUUCAUACCGAUUGUACAGCAUUUACCUGACAAGUACUAUUACGUAGCGAUCGACUUACCUGGUCAUGGCAAAUCAGAUCCGUUUCCGGUGGGUCCUCUCAUCUCCCAAGCUCACCAUAUGGUGGCGAUACAAUUGGUGAUCCAGCAUUUGAAAUGGGAAGCAUUUGUCUACAUGGCACAUUCCAGUGGAUUUAUUAUAGGAAUUCUCUACAACUACAUAUAUCCAAACAGAAUAUCAAAAAUGGUGAACCUGGACCCCCCACCACCGCUCUCUAUGAAUUGUUUCCCAGAUUAUAGCCCUAAUUUGUGGUAUCAAUACUUUUAUGAUGAUUAUUAUGAGAAUUAUUCAAGAUGGGAACUCGAACAUAGUAAAGAAUAUUCAUACGAACAAGCAAUAAACCUACUAGUAAGGAGUAGGAAGCUGAGUAAGGAACAGUCUGCCGUUGUGCUGUCCAGAACAUUGGUGCCUGUUGGUAAUGGUAAAUACAGAUUGUCCUGGGAGCCCCGUAUGAAAAAAGUGGUAGCAAUACCAAUGACAGAAGAAAUGCUUAUUAAAAUUGCCACAACUAAUGCACCAGCUAUGUUAAAUAUCGUAGCGUCUAUUGACGAAACUUUUGAAAUGUUAAAGGAGCGCGGCGAUCAUUUAAUGAAAAGAUUACAAGAAUCGAUACCGGUUUUUAUCGUUAUAAACGUCACGGGAACACACGAUAUUCACAUCACUAAACCUGAAGCCUUUGUCGAUAAAAUUAAUGAUUUCUUAAAUAGUGAUAUUAAAACGAAACGCCUAGCUAAAUUAUAAUAUUAAAUGUAUUUUUAUUUGA